UCCAGCGGCCAUCUAACUACCAUUCCACAGAGGGUACCAUUCCACAGAGGGGUUUCCUUCAUCUCCCUCUACAAAGACCACAAGAGUUCUUUUCUGUGCUGCAAUCCACAUUUGCAGGGUUGCUGGUCCAAACUAAAUUCAACGUGUAGUUCAAUGAGUACUGUUGAUUUUGAGGCAAAAGAUUUCUGCAGAGUUCAGCAAUGGUAAGCUGUAGCCGAUGUUAUUUGCACAGGUCAAUCAGGGUUGUCAACUUCGUUAUUAAUGCUAUUGGAGUUGCAAUGAUCGUAUACUCUCUUUGGCUGCUGAAGAAGUGGAAAGACGGGGUUGAUGAGUUGGAUCUUGCAUCACCUGUUCCUACACCUUGGUUUAUCUAUACAUGUUUAGGUGUGGGAAUCGUUGUAUGCUUGAGCACACUAUUGGGACAUUCAAUUGCUAACUGUAUCAGCAAUUCUCUCCUCGCCGUGUAUAUUGUUUCCAUAUGCUCUCUUCUUCUUGUCCAAGCUGUUAUCAUUGUCACAGUCUUCUACAAGACCAACUGGGAAAUGCAAAUUUCCAUAUACAUAGAUGAGAACCAUGAAGAGUUCAAGAAUUUUGUUCUCUUUCAUGUGGAAAUGUGUUGUCUGAUUUCAAUCUCAGUUUUGGUAGCCCAGCUGAUUGUUGCUUUGCUUGCUGGCAUCCUAUGGGCAGUAGGAUGUGAACCAAACCUUCAUUGCAGCAGCUCUGAUCCCCCAAACUUUACAUACUCAUUUUUGGAUGAUCGUACUUCAUCAUUAAGUGACUGUACCAGAUUACCUGAAAGGUCUUUCCAGGUUCAUAAUAUUGGACAAACGCUAAGAAAUUCAUUCGCCUAAUUCAAGCUGCCAAAGUGAACUCAACUAUCUGGCUGCAAGAAAAUCCAGAUUCAUGGAGUGGUUUAUAAACAGAGAAACAAGAAGAGAAUGCUUUGAGUCGACUAACAAGCAAACUUGAAUAGACUUUGGUUUGAAGUUACUGAUAACAUGCAAUUUUGGAAGUGAUGCUGGUUGCACUGUGUUAAUAAUCCAUGUAGUGUUGUCUAAUUUUCCAUUUCUCUUUAGCCAUACGGCCCUGCUUACUAACCUGUCACUUGCAGGGGACUGUUGCCACCUACUUUCCAUUUUCUUAAUCACACAAAUGCCCAAAAACCUUCAAUAUUUUGACAGUUUCAGCAGUUAGAUGUGAUGUUGAAACUCAAGAAUUGUCAAUCUAGUCUCAUGAAUCUGGCGCACCAUACAGUAGCCAUCCAUUAGUGCAGCAUAGGUAACUUCAUCAGAACUCUGACUUCGUUGAAUCAUUCCAGAGGAUGUCCAUUCUGCAAUCUGGAAAAAUGGAUUUCUUUGUCCAACACCAUUUCAUGUACCAGCUUCUCCAGUUGUACCAUAUCCCUUUUGACACAAUGACACCAGCACCUUAGGGACUCUGACAAUAAAAUGAUCAAUCAUCGAUCGCUUUACUUAGUUCUUUAACGCACUCAUGGAGCAAAUACUUGAAGCAUAUCAAGCAGACUAGGGGUUGUUUCCUUCAGUGAAAUCCAAAUCCAGCAGCAUGGACGCGGUGUAAGAAUCAGGUGAGAACCCUUUGUCAAGCAUUUCCUGAAAAUGCAUUUUUGUCUCAAGAUAUUCACCCCCUUUAAGAAAUCCACGAACAAUAGUAUUCUGUAUAAGAUCAUUUGGCAAGCAUCUGUCUUC